UUUUAGGCUACUGAUUGCAUUAUUAUCACCUGUGACUACUGGCUUUCGCCUUAAGACGACUGGUCGAUCCUCCUAUAGAAUUUCUGUGGAUAAUGACAGUAUAUAUAAUUUAACUGAGGUUCGUAAAAUCAUUGCCAGACGUAAAGAACUGGGGCACAAGCCUUGGAACGUAUAUAACCCACCUGGUGAAAAUGGUAAGGCCAAACGAGACAUAUUCUUUGUUCUAUUAGAACCAGCUUAAAACAACAAAGAUGCUUAUAACAUUCAAGUAAUAGACUAUCAAGUGGUUACAAUAAAUGCACAGAUUCAAAGAAAUGACACUUUAAGGUGUUUCAAAUGUCAAUCAUUUAACCAUUCGAAAAACUUUUGCUUCUUUUUACCUAAAUCUGCUAGUUGUGCUGGCGACCAUGACAGCAAGGACAAGGAUAAAUGCCCAGCACUGAAAGAGGAUCAGUUUAAAUGCAUCAACUGUGGGUCAAAUCAUAGUGCUUCCUCAUGCAGUUGUCCUGCCUAUCUAGAGCAGUAUGAGAAACAAGUGAUUUCACUUGCAAGUGAAUUCAUAAGUGAAAACUCAUUGGAAAAAUUCUUAAUUUUACAAGUGAUUUAACUUGGGAAGUGUCACUGCAAACGAAUUCAUAAGUGAAAACUCAUGGAUACCUACCGGAGGAUGAAAGGAUUCGCCGUUAUAUGGAGGCACGGAACCAGAUCUUUGCGGAACAUAAGCUGAACGGCAUGCGUCUAGUCUCACGGAGAGUCCAGAAAAUAAAUCGCCAUUGACGAAAAAUCUCUAAAAAUCAUGGCGAUUACUACUUUCAAAGAGGUUCUCCAAAUCCCCAGGAAGAUCUCUGUAGUAACGCAGAAGCUCGACAUUUUGGCGGACAAACUGGCGGAAACCACCGCCAUUUUAAAGGUAUCCUUCGCUCCAGACAAGGAGAUCUCGGUCGUGGUACCGUUUCAAUUAAAAACGGAAGAGGAAUUGGAUGAAUUCGAAAAUUCCUUGACCCCGGAGCUCGUCGGUUUUUACACAAUGAAAAUAUCAAAAAUUAUUGGUAGCGAACCGCUGUCAAAGCGGUUUAAGCUGGUCAUAGCGGAGGAUAUGAUAAAUAACUGCAAUUUGGACGGGUCGAAUGGGAAGAAGUCCCUCCGAUCGAGCGUUGGCCAAGAACUCCGAGGACCCGGACCAAUGUUUACGAAAAGCUAUGACAAAUGUAAAAAAUAAGCUCACAAAACAAAAAAAAAGAAAUAAUAAUAGUC